GGCAACACCUGGCGCUUCCUGCCGCUAGUAGGCGACUUCAGCAUCCCCGGCAUGGCGGGCGUGUGCGAGCGGCUGCGCGCGCAGUUCGGCCCCGUGGUGCGGCUGUCGGGGCUGCUGGGCCGGCCGGACAUGCUCUUCCUGUUCGACGCCGACCUGGUGGAGCGAGUCUUCCGCGAGGAGGACGCGCUGCCCCACCGGCCGUCCAUGCCGUCGCUCAACUACUACAAGCACGUCCUGCGCAAGGACUUCUUCGGCAGCGCGCCCGGCGUCAUCGCAGUGCACGGCGAGGACUGGCAGGCAUUUCGCAGCAGGGUGCAGCAGCCGAUGCUACAGCCCAGGACGGCACGGCUCUACGUGGCGCCCAUACAGCAGGCCGCGGAGGACCUGGUUUGCAGGUGCCGGUUGCUGAAGGCCCGUGACGUAUACCAAGAGAUGCCUGCAGACUUCCUGAAUGAGCUUCACAAGUGGUCCCUCGAAUCGAUCGGCCGCGUGGCCCUGGACGAGCGGCUGGGCUGCCUGGACGAGGACGCGCCGGCCGACACGCAGGCGCUCAUCGACGCGGUCAGCACCUUCUUCCACUACGUGGGCAUCCUCGAGCUGAAGGCGCCCUUCUGGCGCUUCUUCAGCACGCCCGCCUGGCGGCGCUACGUCGCCGCACUCGACCAGAUCACCAGCAUCACGUGGCGCCACGUGCAGCGCGCGCUGCGCCGCCUGCAGCAGCUGGACUCCAGCGGGCUGAGCGAGCCGCCGCUGCUGCUGAGGAUCCUCCGGACCGCCGACGAGCGCACGGCCUGCCUGCUCGCGCUCGACAUGUUCCUCGUCGGCAUCGACACGACAUCGACGGCGGUGGCGUCGAUCCUAUACCAGCUGUCGCAACACCCAGAGGAGCAGGAGCGGCUGCACCGCGAGGUGGAAGCAGUGCUGCCAACUGCAGGACAGCCCGUCAGCGCCCAGCAGCUGGACCAGCUGCUCUACCUCAAGGCCUGCAUCAAGGAGACCCUGAGGUUGUAUCCAGUGGUAAUAGGCAAUGGUCGCUGUCUGACGAAGGACACCGUCAUCGCUGGAUACCAGAUACCGAAAGGGACGCAGGUGGUGUUCCAGCACUACGUGAUGGGUCGGUCGGAGCGCUACUUCCCGCAGGCGGGCCGUUUCCAGCCGGAGCGCUGGCUGCAGUCCCGUACACACCACCCGUUCGCGUCGCUCCCCUUCGGCUACGGCCGUCGCAUGUGCCUCGGCCGCCGUUUCGCUGACCUCGAGAUACAGAUGGUCAUCGCAAAGAUGGUGCAGGCCUUCCGCAUCGAAUACCACCACGAGCCGCUGCAGUACGCCGUGCAUCCCAUGUUCACCCCGGACGGACCGCUGCGGCUACGGCUGGUUGACCGCAAAUGAACCGCUGGCAACUAUUGCUCAGUUUUCCAGAGACGCCAUCAACUUGCCUGGCCUUUUCCGAGAGAGCGCACCUUUGGAAAUGGCCUGAGUGAAGACAUUUGCAAAUUCUUCAUCACCAACAACACCCGUCACGUCAGCUUUCGCAUUUCAUAGUGAAAGGCCGUUUACACAGCUGCACGGUUCCUGGUAGAUUAUACUGACCAGGAAAUUAUUGUCUCGAGAGUUCACUGUAUCACAGCACAUCAACGACCUAGCGACAGAUUAUCUGAUGAGGAAAUCCAAGUAAUCUCUUACAAAAAUCUUCGUUAGUCAUUUUCACUAUUAUCAUUAUCACCACGGUCCCAUCACAGAUUAGACACUUAACUUCAAUAUCUACAGAUCUCUUUCCUUCAUCUAGUCGCUCCACAAGUCUUUCCACUAGUUGUAAUCAACAGUCCGAUAAUCUACCAUUUAUAAAGGGUGUCCUGUCUUAAUUGUCUGUAGUCCAUACUUUAAUCGUUCAUGCUUAAGAUCUUCAGUUCUUUUCGGUGUCUACCAGUUAAUAUCAACUCUCUUUUAGUGUAUCUUUUACCCCCAAUUAAAUUUCAUUAGAGCCACCUACAUUUUCCGUCUUCCUUUUGUCCAUGUUGGGCUACUGUGUGGACAUUUUUCUGCUACUUGUUGCGUACGUUCCUUAAAAAAAAUGACUACUUUGUUUUCGGUAUCGUUACUGGAAUUGUGAUCGUUCUUCUUACCAAAUAUUUAGAAUAAAUCGUCUGUUUUAUGGCUCUUAUAAUACAUAUGACAUGUACUUCCAGAAAUUUCGUUUUCGAUUUACAGUGAAUCUUACGAGUUGGUGAACAGAUUUGUGUAGGUCAGGUAUAGAGGAUGCUUGUAUAGCUCGAUAAUCGGUGAAGAGAAGAAUUACCGGCUGAUUCUUCCAUUUCUGUAUUAAAUCUUCCAACAAAGACUAUACAGUGUAAGAAAUGCACAUACUUAUUCCGGAGUUAAUAUUUGUGGGUACUGUUGUCUCAACAUCGUCUACUGAUUUUAAAGUAAAUGUUUCUGGGUAGACAUUUAAUGAUUUAUAGAACGGAACUGAUUUGUUCAUUAGUGUUAGGUCUUAAGAAUGAAGAAUCACACGAUAUUUCAAAAUAUGAUGAGCAAAAAGCUAUAAAGCUAAAGACAGAAAAGUGAAAGUCAAUUUUGCACACACUUCGAGAAAUAACUUGGAGAUUUGACGAAUGAACAUUUUACCUAUUGAAUAUAAGGAAAACCUUACUCAGAAAAUAUUAUUUCCCUUACGACCGCUAUUUCUGGCCAUCGUGCUACCUUCUUGCCAUGCCAUGGUCCUUAGCUCCAGUACCUGAAGGCCAAGAGCAGACCUGCUGAGUACACUUCCUUACGGAAUCUUCUUUCUUCGUCACAUCUUUAGACUCAGAUUUCGGUUCCGGGUUUGGGCUGUGAACAAACAGAAUAUCUCUGUAGGGGAAUUACUAGUGAUGGAGAACAUAGAUAAUACAUGUACGAAAUACCGUCUGUUAGAUAAUUGUUUGCUGUUUCAUGCCGAUCAUUGGAGAAUACUUUAGAUUUCCCAGUCGAAUCAUAUUAGGUAUUGAGAAGUAAGAUCACAGACCAGACGUCUUAAGUAGCCCCAUUAAAUAUAUCUAUUUAAUGUAAUAUAUACUGCCUUUAAUGUUU